AUGCUCGAUCUCACUAUGAACCUCUUCGGCCGAGACGCCGAGGCGUCCUCACAAUCUCCGCAGUCCACGGUCAAUCCGACAAUCGUCAUACUGCUCGUUGUCUUGUUGUCCUUGCUGGUCGUUGGACUUUUCCUCGUCGCCGCUUUGAUGUACUUGCGAUACCGUCGCAGAAUGCUCAAGCAAUCGAUCUUGCCCGAGUACAAUGAGAAACGUCUCUCGGAAAGCUCGUCCUCAUCGAGUCCUCGUCGCGUUCGCGCGAGACAAUUGGAGCCUGUCCACGUCUAUGCGGAAAAGCAGGACCUCAUGGCCAACUCCAGCAGCCCGCCCGAUAGCCCUCUCCCAGAGAUCCGCAUCACUUUCCCGGAGGAGGUCGACGAAACCGGCAAGAGGAAAUCAGGUCGGGUCGUCGUGGUUCACAUGGGAGAUUCUGCUAUCGGAAUGGAACCCGUGGUCGAUGUCUUGCCUGCCUAUCAGAAAUCCGAAGGCGAUCGUUUCCAUUCCAUCGACCUUGAGCGCGUCGGUGGCUUGAUAGAAAAGGCCAAAAACUCGCCCAAGAAGGAGUAUCAUUAG